AUGGAGAAGCCGAAAGGAAAGCAGGGGACAAAGGGGCAAAAGGAGAUUUACAAAGAGAAUAAGACGACGAUACAAGGUUAUGGCCUUGCGGCAUUAAUUUCAAGUGGAGCCUACUUUCUUUGCGGGUUUUUCCUCUGGCAAGUCACUCAAAAUGAAUGGGUUUGGUGGGGUGUAACAUUCUUCAUGCAACUCGGCGCGCUUCUGAUGAUGAAAACAAUGGCCCGCGCUUCAUUUGAUGAUCGAGGGCAUUUGGUUGAUGCUGGUCUUGAUCUCAACGAUCCACAAGCGUUCGGAGAAUAUUGCAAGGACUCGAUCAUUUUAGCGACCGCUGUUCAGGCACUGGCUCUUUAUACCGCUUACGCAUACUUGUUGUUGCUAGCGAUUCCUGGAUACGUUGGAUAUAAGAUACUAUUUUCGUUUGUUAUUCCUUGGGCCACCGCUCCUUCGGCAACUCCAGAGCAAGGCGAAAUGGACGAUAAGAAAAACCGUCGUCGAGAAAAGAUUAAAUUUGCCCGCCGU